UUCAUGUCAUCUUUAACAUUACCUAUGUGUUCUGUACCUAAUAGGUUCCUAUUGAAUAAUUUUUAUACAAUUUCCUUUUUAUAACUGUUUUUAAUACUGUUUUAUAUUUUCAUUUACUUUAUAUUGAUUUAUUUGUUUUAUUUUUAAUAAUAAUGAAACCCUCGUCAUCUCGAACUGUUCGUUCGAACGAUAAGUUUAAAUUAAUAGAUAGUGAUUUGGAAGGUUGUUUGGUCGAAAUGUUCAAGAGAUUUAGAUGUCCUGUUGCGGUAACUGUCGAUGAAUAUCAGCAACAGGCCAAGAGUGCAUCAGGGAUUAUAGAGUACACAGUGAAACGCAAGCAAACAACAGUCACUCCAGCGACUCCGUACACGGAAUCCAUAACAAUGAAGCAUGCACAGAAAUAUCCUAAACAUAUCUACUUAGCAAUGAAAGCUGUGUACAAUGUCCAGCACCAACUUGUCGAGCUAAUGAUCACCAACUGCCAAGGCAUGAUUGUACCGAGGAUGGUCAUUCAAGUCUUGUCCGUCAUAAUCGCCAACUACCCACUGUUAACCAAGUUUGCGAUCAAAAACUGUUGCGUCGACCAGGAUAUCAUACAGGACCUUAUAAGUAUGCUUCCUUAUUCUGCCAUCACUGAUAUAUGUUUGGAUGACUGUAAAUCGAACAAUGCUAACUACGGAGUCAUAUUAAAAGCUCCAACAAUCGUCAAAAAUCUAUCGCUAUGCAGAUGUAACAUAAGCGAUUCAGAAUGUGAAGAGAUAGCCGCAAUGCUACGCUAUCCAGAGUUUACUGAGACUCAUUUAGUCACGUUGAAUCUAACGUCCAACAAAAUAGGGGAUGAAGGAGCAAAAUGUUUAGCAGACGCCCUAAGAACUAACAGACACUUGCGAUAUUUGAAUUUAGCUGAUAAUCUUAUCGGCGACGAAGGUGCGAUCCGCAUAUUUCACCAUUUGCUGGAAUUCCGGCUAACUCACGAUGAAAACGUGGAACGGCGACGACGGUUCUUCUUAUACUUGAAGAAGAAGCAAGAAGUAUAUGCAGAUUGUUUAAAGAAACUUGCCUUGUCCAGCAUAAAACGAGAGCACUCUAAAAAAAAAUUAAUGUCACAUACGACACUUACAUCCAGAGAAGGCUCUUACCAAUCUCAGUAUAGGCCUAAAAAAAUUCUAAAAAAAAUAAAGAACGCCUCACAGGACAGUACCUGGCAGAAUAUAAAGGCAGAUAUGAUGGCCAUAGAAAUACUAGGUCCAUUUGAGGAUCCAUUUGGCACCACCAGUUUCAAGAGCAUAAAUGACUCCCCAUUCUGUGUAGGUAACUUUACACUGAGUUAUCUCAAUUUGGCUUACAACAACUUGACAUACCAAAGUUUAAAAAUAUUACUCAAUGCGGUUGAGCACCAAAUGAUUCACAGCACACAGAAGUCAUGUGGUCUCAUGAAAGUUAUUUUAGAUGGAAAUCGUUUACCAGUCACAUGUGAGGAGCUUUCAACUAUUCAGCAAAAAUUAAAAGAACAUGUAAAUUCUUUCACAAAUAGAAUAAUGAAGGAUAGAACAGCAAAUAAUUGUUGAUAAUU